GAAUUCAAUACAGCGACCUCGCGCCUCUGUCUUCCUGUUUGGGUGCUGCAGCUGUAAAAAAUGGCAGCUGAUUCAGGGAGAUACAGGAGCGCUGUGAACAAAAACAAAGACCCCUCCGGUCUACUCAUCUCUGUCAUAAGGACUCUGUCCAGCAGUGAUGAUGUGCAGGACAGAGAGACCGAAAAGGGUCGUCUCGAGGACGCGUUCGAGACGUGUGACAGACAUUUGGACGAGCUUAUCGUUCAGCAUUAUGCAGAACUCACCACUGCCAUUCGGACCUACCAGAGCAUCACAGAGCGCAUCACCAGCUCACGGAACAAGAUCAAGCAGGUGAAGGAGAACCUCCUCUCUUGUAAGAUGCUGCUUCACUGCAAAAGGGACGAACUGAGGAAGCUGUGGAUAGAAGGCAUUGAACACAAACACGUCCUGCAGCUGCUGGAUGAAAUCGAAAGCAUUAAGCAGGUGCCUCAGCGGCUGGAGUCCUACAUGGCCAGCAAACACUACCUUCAUGCCACGGACAUGCUGGUGUCGGCUGUGGAGUCCUUGGACGGCCACCUGCUGCAGGUGGAGGGACUGUCGGACCUCCGCUUGGAGCUACACAGCAAAAAACUCAACAUCCACCACGUCCUCAUUGAUGAGCUGCACAGACACCUCUAUAUCAAGUCCACCGGCCGGGUGGGACACAAAAACAAGGACAAAAAUGCUACUCGUCUUCCAGGCUCUGCUGCUAAAGACACAUCACCGAUGCCCGCGUUGGACGUCAGCAGCCUGUCGACACCACGCAAGCUGUUGGAUUCAUCACAGUUCAGCACACCAGGUUCCGGCAGUGCACGUGACGACGUGCGAGAUGCGAACCAAACUGAUCUGCCAGAGGUGGAUCCAGAGGAGAACAGUGCAGAGUUCAUGGGGAUCCUCAUCAAGGCUCUAGCCAAACUAAAGAAAAUCCCAGAGACCAUCAAAGCCAUAAUGGAGCGACUGGAACCUGAGCUGAAGCAGAUCGUUAAGAGGUCCACCACUCAGAUAGCAGACCACGCUUAUCAGAGAGGAGAGAAUUUGGCCCAGGAGAGCCAGUCAAGACUGCUGCUGGAACUGUUGGAGCUCCUGUUUGACAAGUUCAAGGCAGUGGCUCAGGCGCACAGUGUAGUGCUGUCCCACCUGCAGCAGAUCGCAGUGCAGUGUCGGGGCGGAGCCCAGGAAGAAGACAUCAAGCUCUACGAGCAGGCAGACGUCUCUGCCAAAAUCCAGGCAGUGCUGCAGGUCUUGCUGAUGGAGUAUCUUGAUGUGAAGAACAGUCGACGCUCCACGGAGCCUUCAGCCCAACUCUCCUACGCCAGCACCGGGAGUGAAUUUGCUGCUUUUACUGCCCAAGCUGCUCCUCUCCCACCGCGACAGACGGCUCUGCAGUUUGAGUCAUCUUCCCAUGCCAUCAGUAUGAGUGCCUACUUGAGGGAGCAGAGACGAGAACUCUACAGCAAGAGUGGAGAAUUACAAGGUGGUGCUGAUGACAACUUGAUCGAAGGUGGAGAAAUGAAGUUUGUGUGUAAGCCAGGUGCCAGGAACAUCACGGUGAUCUUCCAGCCACUUCUCAGAUUCAUCCAGGAGAUAGAGAUGAACAUGGGGCCGGGCCAGGCCAAGCAGUGUCAGCUUCGAGCUUUUCUCACCUACUACAUCAAUGACCUCUUCCUCAACCAGGUGCGGACAGAGAUCAACAAGGACAUCGUGGCAGUGAGCAAGGGCCCACUGCAGAUGCUCGCAAGUGCUGACACCAUGAAGGUGCUAGGUGUUCAGAGACCUCUGCUGCAGAGCACGGUGGUGGUGGAGAAGUCCAUCCAGGAUCUCAUGAACCUGAUGCAGGACCUGAGUGCUUAUUCCAACCAGUUCCUCGAAAUGGUGUGUGAUAAGCUCAAGGAGUACAAGGAGAUCUGCAAUACAGCGUACAGGCAUGUCUUGACCUCUUUCUUAUUCAGAGCGGCUUUCGCUAAGGAGUCAGAGGUGCUGACUGGAAACCUGGGAGACAAGUUAAUCCCCCAGAAUGAGAUCCUGCGUGACGUUAGUGACCUGAAAUCACUCGCUAACCUUCAUGAGAGCAUGGAGUGGCUUGCUGGGCGCCUAAAGACAUUCUUUGCCAAUCUGCCUUAUGCCUCGGGUGCCUCUUCAUGCUCAACAGAUAGUCAGGCUCUUGCUGAGAGUGAACGCAGCAGGGAGCAGAUUCUCCAGACCCUCACUGACCUGUCCAAGGGGUUCCAGGACAUUGCCGACCGCUGCCUUCUGGUGUUGCACCUGGAGGUCAGAGUCCAUUGUUUCCAUUACCUCAUCCCUCUCACCAAGGAGGGGAACUACGCCAUUGUUGCCAAUGUGGAGAGCAUGGACUACGACCCUCUGGUGGUCAAACUGAACAAGGACAUCUCAGCCAUAGAGGAGGCCAUGGGUGCAGCGCUGCAGCAGCAUAAGUUCCAGUACAUAUUUGAAGGUCUGGGUCACCUGAUCUCCUGUAUCCUCAUCAACGGUGCUCAGUACUUUAAGAGAAUCAGUGAGUCGGGCAUCAAGAAGAUGUGCAGGAACAUCUUUGUUCUGCAGCAGAACCUCACCAACAUCACCAUGUCAAGAGAGGCCGACCUCGACUUCGCCAGGCAGUACUACGAGAUGCUGUACAACACUGCCGACGAGCUCCUGAACCUGGUGGUGGACCAGGGGGUCCGCUACACGGAGCUGGAGUACAUCAACGCCCUGUCGCUGCUGCACCGCAGCCAGACCGGCGUCGGAGACCUGAGCACCCAGAACGUCCGGCUGCAGAGGCUGAAGGAGAUCAUCUGUGAGCAGGCCGCCAUCAAACAGGCCAACAAGGACAAGAAGAUCACCACGGUGUAGGAGGGCAGCAGGGCAGAGGUCAGAGGUCAGGACAGGGUUCACAGGCUGGUGCAUUUGUAGGUCAGGUGUGCAGGAGACCCUCUGUUUUAAUGUCAGGUUUUUCAAACUAAUGGUGAAUAUCAGGUCCCACAAUUAUGUAUAACUGUUAAAAACCCAGUCUGCACACCACAGGUUGAACAUCGUACUGCGAUGUGUUGUGGCCUUGACCACAUCAUGGACCUGCUACAGUUAUUACUCAGCUCUGUCAACACCAUAGCGCUCUGUAAGAUUCAACAGAAGUAAAUCCUAUACAGCCAUGUUUGGUCUGAGUCAGCAGGAUCAGAUUGGCUUUAAUGUGACUGGUUAUUUCUAAAUGCAGUCAUUUAUAAGAUUUUCCCUUCAAUACAUUGAAACAUUGUUGAUACUUUUUGUUAAAUAAAUAGAUUUCUUUAAAUAUGGGGGAGGGGGCAUCUAAAAGUAAAAAAAAUCAACACUUUUUUUGUUUUGUUUUUUCUUCCAAAACCUGACAUUUAAACAGCAGUAUGUUUUUUUAAUUUUUAUAAGUCUAUUUCAUUUCACCAUAUAUAAACUUAGAAACAUUUUCGUUCAGUAAAGGAGGCUACAGUGGUCCAGUGGCAGGACCCCAGUCUGCCACUAGAGGGCUUUAGUUUGGGUACCACCUGGUCCACAUAUGGUAGCUAAAUCGCAUCAGGAAGGAUAUGUUGUGGUUGAGCAACAUCAGUUAUAGCUAGUUACUAUCUGACCUCUGCUCGCUCCUCUGGUCAUGUGACCAUGACAUCAUCUCCUGAUUGUUUUUGGACUCUGUCUCAAACGUCGGACUUUCAUUCAUCUCAUUUCUCUGUUAGAUUUAAACGGCUGCACUCAAUUACACCGCUGUGUCUGCAGUAACAGACGCCACAUUACACCGUGUGAAUGAGGCCACAACUUCCGCCUGCUGUCAAUUUGAGAUAGUCCCCGAAGAAUUCCCGAGCCGGGAAUUCUGUCACACAUAGGGUCAAUUUUCUGUCCUUUUUGUCCCUUUUUUUAGCAGGUGUGGAACAUUCUGAGCAACUCAUUUUUUUUUCCAGACCUUCCGUCCGUCCAUCUAGCCGCAGAUACUGUAGUUAUGAGUCAGAGCUACUGGACUCAUCAGUGAACGUGUGCUUUGAUUCUAUGGAAGUGAAGUCAACGUAAACACUCUGAAGCUGAUCCCAAACCAUUCAUCUCCCCUCAACUCUCCCAGCUUUUUAGUUCAUUAACUUAGGAGAGAAGUACUUAACGAGAGCAGGAGGGGGAAAUGGGAGCCUCGUCAAUAUGGCUGCGCUCUCCCUGAAGCCCGCGGAGCAAUCCAUCAUAAUGACACACGGGCCGGGAUCGAUGGGAAAACAACAGGGAAGCUGCUGAGCGACUGGCCUGCCGCGCUGAAACCUGUGUACUCGGUGAAAUCUCACAUAAAAUCUGCUCAUUCAGCUGGUGACUUCACUUCACUUCUGGUUGUAAUGCUGUGCGCGAGGAACUCUGGCGCAACGCUACCUGAGUGUGAAGACGGCCAUGUUCUCAGCACUGAGUCCGGUAGAAAACACUCCUGAUGAACAGACUUGAUGACAGAUAUAAAUAUAAGGUUUCAUUUCACUUUUUAUUAUUAGAGGAAUUCACUUUUUUUUUUUUUACCACUUAACGCUUUGGAGUGAUUGUCUUAUUUAAAUCAAGCUUUUACAGAUGAUCACAUCUUACACUAAUACACAAUGAGGUGGGUAAAAACAAAUAAAUCAAUGAAUCACUGA